CUCAGUUGAUCUUGGCCGAUCCAGACUGUUAAACUCCAACGAGUUAAACUACAAGGCAAGAGUUUUCCACCGGCGUUGCAGGAACGAAAAUGAUGAGUCGCCAAUUUGCCAGAGCCACUUGAUUUUGCCACUGCCGGCGGUUGUUGGAAGCCCGUCGUCGAGCUACAAAGCCGGUGAAGAAUCGCCGUGGAGCUCAUACGAAACCCCCAGCCAUUUGUCGAGACGCACUGCUCGUAUCCAUGCGCGGGACGAUCCGGUGGCCUGAGCCAGGUUCCGUUUUAUGUUUUAACUUCUAGUAAAGUGCACUGACGGACAGCGCACUGCCCACCGCGCAGUAACUGUCCGUAACGAAACGUUGACUUGGUGUCUGGCAAACAUGUCAAACACACCUCCCGGUGGGCUCAACGUGAUUGCCCUGGUCUCGGGGGGCAAAGACAGCUUCUUCUCGCUUCUCCAUUGCCGAGCCAACGGGCACCGCAUCGUCGCCCUCGCCAAUUUGCAUCCGGCCCUUCCAGGGAAGCCUGGACCCCCGAAUGACACCUCAGCUUCCCCCGCCGUCACCAUUCCCGCCGUCACCAUUCCCGCCGUCGCGGCUAGUGCCGCCGUCUCGGCCCCGGCCCUGAAGUCGACCCCUGCCAGUUGGAGACCGCGCCAGAGCUCCGACCAGGAUGGCCCGUAUGCAGCCAUUCUGCCGGAUCAUGACGGUGGAGCGCCGGGAAAUGAGGUCGUGUCCGGCACAGAUGAGGAUGAGCACGACCUCAACAGCUUCAUGUACCAGACUGUGGGCCACCAGGUGAUCCCUCUCUAUGCCGAGGCAACUGGUAUCCCGCUGUACCGCCGGGCGAUCACCGGCGGUGCUACCCAAAGCGGGAAGGAGUACUCUCACUACCGGCCCUCCGCCACUCCAGAGCCCGGGCUGGAUUCCGGCUCCGAUGAACACCGGGGAAGAUGGACGCACGAGCUCAUGCGAUUCAAGUCUCGCGGAGAAGGCGAGGGCCGUCCCGGCUCGGACCAUCAUGGCCAGGAAUCCGAGAAUCAUGUCACGACGACUGCCCGUAGUGCAAGUGCCGGGCAGGAGGAUACUGGCGUAGCUGCUGAUGAGGAUAACACCGACGAGACCGAGUCCAUGGUCCCGCUCCUCCAGGCCAUAAUGAAGGCACACCCGGAAGCCAACGCCAUCUGUGCGGGCGCCAUCCUCAGCACAUAUCAACGCACGCGCGUCGAGUCAGUGGCAACCCGCCUCGGGUUGACGCCGCUCGCGUACCUGUGGAAGUUCCCCGUGCUCCCGGCCCCGAGCAGCUCCUCCUCCUCGUCAGAUCCCACGGUGGGGUCGUUGGGAUCCGACGCCCAGCUGCUGGAUGACCUGGCUGCUGCGGGCGUGGAAGCCCGCAUCAUCAAGGUUGCCAGCGGCGGGUUGGAUGACUCGUUCCUGUGGGCCGACGUCGCGGCUCCCGGGACCAAGGGCAGUCUCGCCCGGGCCAUGCGGCGGUUCGGCGCGGCCGAGACGGGCGCCGUCGUUGGUGAAGGCGGCGAGUUUGAGACGCUUGUGCUGGACGGGCCGUCGACGCUGUUCAGGAAGCGGAUCGUGGUCGAUGAGUUGGACCGUCGGGUUGUCAGGGAGGGCGGCGGGAGUGCCUGGCUUAGUCUGAGAAACGCGAGGCUGGAGGAGAAAGGGCUGGAGGCUGGUGAGGAAGGGAUUGACAAAGAGAGUGUCAGGAUUCCGGAUUUGCUGGAUCCGAGGUUUGUUGGUGUGUUGAAUACGCUGUCUUCCCCCGAAGCCGAUGGCUUCUCGCUGUUCGUCCAGUCCGGACUGGGUGAGAUGCCUCGGCUCGGGAAUCUGCGAGUCUCUACUAGUGAGAAGGCACAGCAAUGGUGCUUCGUCGGCAGCAAGUCAGGCUCCAUCGAGGUUGAUACCCGUACCGUUGUCGAGCAAAUACGCCGGCGACUACGCCAGCAUUCCCUCCCACCGUCAGCCAUCAUCACCGCCACGGUCGUCCUCCGCCGCAUGGCCGACUUCCCUGCAGUGAACAGCAUCUACUGCACGCUCUUUGACGCACCAAACCCGCCUUCCAGGGUCACCAUCUCGUGCGGCGACGCACUGUCUACUGUUCUGGCAGACGCAGACAUGGCGGUUUACCUGACCGUCCACACGGCUCUCCAACCCGGGCAGCGCCACGGCCUGCACGUGCAGUCCCGUUCCUACUGGGCCCCAGCCAACAUCGGCCCGUACAGCCAAGCCAUGUCCAUCCCGGUGUCAAGCCUCGGACCACCACCGAACGACUCUGAUACUCCUACCUCCUCCUCCACCAUUGCACCAAGACUGGUCAGUAUCGCGGGCCAGAUCCCGCUCGUCCCGGCCACUAUGGCCUUGCCGCCGCCCGGUAGCAGCAGCAGUCAUGAGGACACUUUGGCGCUGCAGCUCGUCCUCUCCCUCCAGCACUUGUGGAGAAUAGGCAUCGAGAUGGGCGUGCAGUGGUGGACUAGCGCCGUGGCCUUCUUUCCGGUGGCGGCAUGCGACAGAGAUGGUGGUCAGCAGCAGGUGGCGAUGGAGGUGAAGGCUAGGAUGGCCGCCAGAGCGUGGAGGGCUGCGCACGCGUCUGGGUCCACCUCCGCCGCCGCUGAUGAUGGCGAGGAGGAUGAGGACGAGGAAGAAGAAGGCGGCCCAGACCUCUGGGAUAAGAGAUAUAACCCGGCGUAUAUGACUUUUUCCUCUUCUUCGAGUGGUGGCGCCGGGGAUAACAAGAACGCUGGCCCGUCUCUGCCGGAUAGAUCUGUUCUGUCUGUCUUCUCUUCUCCUUCUUCGUUGUCCCGGCCGACGGCGGGGUUCUCAUGUAAGUCAAUGGUGCCGCCGGUGUUUGUCGCCGAGGUGGAGGAACUGCCGCGCGGCGCUGGCGUGGAGUGGCAUGCUCUCUGGGGCGUUGCGCACGCGGCUGAGGGGAGUGUGGUGCUUGGGGAAGUGUGCUUGCCUCGAGAGGGUGAUGGACAAAGCGAGAAGAUCAUGGUCUCGCAGGUUGUGGUUCGGUCUGGGGAAGAAAGGGGGGUGGGUUUUGUGCAGACGGUUGUGGCGGAGGGGUUCGGUGGUGACGGUUGGAAGGGGGUUGAUGGUAGUGACGACGCCCCACCCACCACCACCACCAGCAGCAGCGGUACCAAAAGAGGCUUUGAGACCUCGCUCCAGCGCCAUCAGCGCCUCAAGCGCGAGGCCGAGGCCCGCGCCCGCCCAAAGUCCAAAGCCGAGUUGGCCGCCGAGGCCGACGCCCGCCGCGAGGCCGCGCUCUCCCAGUCGCUCUUCACGACCCAGCCCAAGAGCAAAGGGCUGGCCAUGAUGGCGCGGAUGGGGUUCACGGGCGGAGCGCUGGGUAAGAAAAAAUCAACAGAGUCGGAGCCAUCAUCAUUAUCAUCAUCAUCUACGCCUGCCGCUCCGCCCACCGAGGGGGGCCCGGCUAAUAACGAUGGCGGUACUACCUCUGAGACGGGCGGGGGCGCGACGGGGGCGCGGCCCAGGACCGAGCCGAUCCGGAUUGAGAUCAAGGACGGGCGGGAGGGCAUCGGGCUCGAGAGCGAGCGCAAGCGGAAACUGCGGGAGGCGGCCGAGGCGGCCGGGGAGCGGGCCAAGCGGGCCAGGGCGGAGGAGGGCGAGUAUCGGGAGCGGAUGAGGAGGGAGCGGGAGGAGGCGCGGUUGGAGAAGUUGGUGGUUGCGGGGCAGAAAGUCGCCGAGAAAAUGGCUGGGGAUCGAGAAGGGGAGGAUGCGGUGGUGGUUGCGGUGGCGGCGCGGCCGCUGAAGGGGAUACCGGUUGUCUUCCGGGGUUUUGUCAAGGCGCGCGAGGAGGCCGAGAGGGAUAGGAGGAUGAGGUAUGAUUUGGAGCAGGGGCUGGCGCGGCUGCCGACGUAUGAGGAUGCGGAGGAGGACGAGGAUGAUAAGAAGGCCUUGGGCAAGGCUAGCACGACCUAUGUCACGGCAGAGGAUCUGGAUGAGGAGGACCCGGAGUUGGAUGAGUUCAACGCGUUGCCGCCGGACGAGAGGCUGCGGAGGGUGGUGCAGCACCUGCGCGACGAGUACCACUACUGCUUCUGGUGCAAGUUUACGUACCCCGACGAGAAAAUGGACGGGUGUCCUGGGUUGACCGAGGAGGACCAUGAUUAGGAAGCCGGUGGUUCAGCCAUAGUCUUAAAGAAAACCCCCAGCGGACAUGGUCUUGAGUGGCCAGUAUUACAAGCUAUUGUACAAGAUCUGA